UGGACUUAUCGACCGUUAUCCCUGGAGCAUGUUCCGCUCCUUCCGGGCAUUCUACGGAAAGCUCAGUCUCUGCACCAAAAUCCCCAAGCGUUUCCGUUCAGCUGGUACCCCCACCCCAGCCAGAACCCGCGCCAGCCACACUGGAGUAUGCACUUGCCACUUGCUGCAACGCACUUGCUACUUUCGCACUUGGUGGUUGGAGAGUACGGCCAUCGUCGCGUACGCACGGCCCUCCCGACGCUCACUUCGCUUUCUUGCCCAGCGCCAGCAAGCUUCGCCCCCAUUUCACAGUUUGGAACGCGCGCUGCAUUAGCCAGCGCUCUGCUCUCUGCUCUGCUCUAUUGCUGGCCUCCGCCCUCCGCUCGCUCUGCGACAGUGAAGGACAGUUUUGUUUUUCUUAGCUCGCUCGAGGUGAAUGCACAACUCCUCAGAUCGCGAGCAGCUCGACACGGGACUGCAGCCAGACAGCGCCGACAGAGGCAGCGAGAUCUACCGUCAGCGUCGCCUCAAGCGCAGCCACCAGCUCAUGAACAGCCAAGACGACGGCAGCUUCUCCACGCUCAGCUCCCCGCGCGGAGAGCAGCAGCAACUUCUGUGCAAGUACAAGUCCGGCAAGUGCUCAAACCCGCGCGCCACCAAGCGCAACGGGCAACUGCAUACUCUAUGCCAUUUCCAUCGGGAUCGCCAAAAUGAACACCAGCGCAAGAGCGACCGUAAGCACCGCAUGGUCAGCGUCGCGCGGCGGGCCAAGCUCGGCAGUAUUGGGGUCGGCACCGACAGCACGCGUCGGCAUAGUCUUCACUCCAUCACGUCGCUUGAAGCUGCCUUCCCCAGCGGAUCCUCCGUCUCUCCACUGAAUCGGUUUGGUUACGACCAGAAUGCCUCGGACGCCUUUAGGAAUGCCCAGUAUGCUCCAGGCAGCGUACCCAACGGACUAGGAGGACUGGCACCGCCGUCCGUAGGAACCCCGCGCUUGCCGCCCAUUAGCUUUCUCAUGCCCGGCAAACUCGACGGUUAUCGCGCUACUAGUGCCGCCAUGCCCAACCUGCCGCCCAGCAGCUUCAUCACCGAUAGUCUGAACGGCAAUGCGGGUAAGACGGCAUGAUCCAGCGAUAUUUUUUUGGCACGUUGCUCGCUGCUGCAGCUAUAUGCAGAUUUCGAAUCAGCUCGCUCGCGCGCUAGACGAUAGCAGGGUAUUGUCGCUUUCAAGCUACUCCGUAGACGCCGCAUUCACUGGUGUUGAAGGGACGAAGUGUACCAUACCUCUCCAGACACACGCACCACCCCUGCCAUCGCUGUUAUUUAACCAUCACGUUGGUUCCACAAAUGCACACAAAUACAUGAUCUGGGUUUUGCAU